CUAAACAAUAUAUCUAAUAAAUUCAUAGCCCCAUUCACAGGUGUUCCAGGUGUUCGCUGCUCUUAUCUCUGAUGCAAUGGUAGUCUUGGGGCGCCUGUCCAUCUCCUGAAAGCCCAACAAUAUCUUAGGAAGACAGCAGCAAACACGAACCCCAAUGGCAGCUAACUUGAACUUGUCCUGGACGCAGAGCCAUCAGCCACGUCUCGGAGGCGGAAGCAACGAGUGCCGUCGGGAAUGUUACGAGUGUCGUCAGGGAUGCAACGACUGCCAUCAGGGACGCAAAUUUCACCGAUCCCCACAGUUCCAGCCGCAGUCGGAGAAUAAUUACUACACUUCUCAGUACACUGCAAACGUUGCUUGUCCUUACCACAAAAAGGCCCCCGAUAUGGGACUUGGCCCGGCCCUCCUGGGACCACCUCAUGCAGAGAAUUACGUAAUGGAUGACGACAUGAGCGGAAGCAGCGAACGCGACAAACUGCGACCUUGUUCCUGCUACAAGUACACCCAGCAAAUGGAGACAGUUGCUCCAGAGACUGCAGAGACUCAGGACGUGGAGGAAUAUGACCCGAGUGAGCUGCAACCUUCUGAGGUGACAUAUGCCGAAGAGGAAGGACAGGACUAUGACGAGUCGGAAAACUCAGAUUUGUUUCGCCAGAGCAGAGGCACUGCCGAGAAGAUGCCAAGCAAAGAGAUCGAAUCGGGUACGGGGAUCAGAAGCAGAGAUUGCCACGAUCCCCGCUACUAUGAUCCCGUCAACUGCAGGGCUACGGGCCAGAAGAAAAAGAGAAAAGUCACCAAAACCAUCUAUAUGCCAGCUCCGACUUCCCUUCAGAAGUGCCAAUGCGCCACGAAGGCCGCAGAGCAAGGGAUUUCCAGCAGAAAAAGUUCUCCGUGCUCCGACUGUUUGCGAUGUCUGCGAUGUCGGAGUCGCACCAGGGAUAACCUUCCUCCUCCAGCAGUGGCUCGAUCACGUCAUCCCUUUGCCGUUUACUCCCAGCGUAGCGACAGAUCCUGCAGCUGCCCGGCAAGGGAAAGAAGUGCCUUCGAGAAGUAUGAGAAAAACUGGGCCAAACCGCGGCACACUUCAUCCAAAAGGAGCAAGCGCAAGGGCAAGCAGCGAUACACCGAAAGGGAUGAGGACUACAUCGAGAUUGCCGGCCAUCGAGAUGACACGAUUCCCUGGAAAUAUCUCGCUCGCGACUCCAACGAGACGAUGGUGGAGCGACAGGAGCAAAUCCAUCGUUAUAGCUGUGCGGAGAAUGAGACUUGCAAGAGGAUGUCCAAGGAAAGAGGCAGGACAUAUCCCUCGUGCGGAAUGGGUUGCCUGCCCGCAAAGUCGCGAGGCUGCAUUCGCCUCAUCUGCCGCCUGCAACCCAAGCGCCCGACUGCUGGGAGCGCUGCAAAGGGAAAACUUCUCAUUCUGCCAGAUGCCCAAACCCAAAGGCCAACGACCAUCUAUAGAUCGAUGGCAGCACCUGUGCCCAUUCGCCGCAAGCGGCUUGCCACCACGUCCCGCAAGAGGAGCAGCCAUUUCCCGGCAGUUCCACGAUCCUGCAUGCUCCGCGUUUGCUAUGUCUCCCCUGACACCAGAACCCAAAAGCUACGUUGCAGAGGCGGCCGAAAUGGCUCAGCCGGAGAGCUCAUAAAUCCCAGCAGAAUCCGUACACGGCCGACGAGCGUUGCUGAGGCACCUUCCCUGAUGCCUGCUCAAAGGCGUUAUGUCUCUGCCCCAAGCCCAACCUUGGCAGCGGCCCCACACGAUGCCUCCGUGCACGGACACUUGAUUCAGGGACGUAGCAGUCCAAGUCGCUCCCAGCAGCCGCAGCCUCAAGCACGGUACUCCCAGCAGCCGCAGGCACAAGCGAGAUACUCCCAGCAGCCACAGGCACAGGCACAGGCCCAAGCCCGAUACUCCCAGCAGCAACGGGCAUAUGCCAGUCCAAAUCACCCUGAGAGUCGAGUGCUAAACGCUUCUGCAAAUCAAGCACUUCCCGGUCUUGUGCGUCCAAUUCCAGUACAUCCCAGGUCAGAGCUGGCCCGAACAUUCCCACCAAGAAUGGCAGUUCCAGUGAAGCCGCAGCGACUGCAAACGCCAGGAGAAGAGAAGCCACUUCCUAGCAGAGCACAGAAUCCUGAAGCAACUCUUAACAGGCCACAAAAUCAAGCGCAAAGUCCUACAAGGCCAGCGCAAAGUCCGAUCAGGCCACAAAAUCAAGCGCAAAGUCCUACAAGGCCAGCGCAAAGUCCGAUCAGGCCACAAAAUCAAGCGCAAAGUCCUACAAGGCCAGCGCAAAGUCCGAUCAGGCCACAAAAUCAAGCGCAAAGUCCUACAAGGCCAGCGCAAAGUCCCACCAGGCCACAAAAUCCAGCACAAAGUUCCAGCAGAUCGCAGCAACGAGAGGCGGGUGCUGCAAGGCCACCAAAUCCAGGCCGAAGCCCCACAAGGCCGCCACAACAGCAAGAAGCGGCGAACAGUCGGAAACCAAAUGAUGAUCGAGCGGAGAGCAGGCCACAACAACAGGAGGCAACAGGCACUAUGAGGCCACAAACUGAGAAUCGAGGAGGAACCAGGCAACAACAUCAAGAGGCAGCAGGUCCCGCCAGGCCACCAAAUGAUGAUCGACAACAGGAGCCAAUCUUGUCGCGAAAUCCAAAGUUAAGUGCCGCCAGGCCACCGUCCGUGGAGCAGUCAGAGCGAGCAGCAGCCGAGGAACCACUUCCCGCAGCUAGGGGACCCGCUGCCUUCUAUCGCGGCAGCUUUCUGCGAGUCCGCGAGUCGCAGGAGCACCUGAACGAGAGCAGCCGCGGACCCGUGUAUCGCAGGGAGCCGAUUGGUUAUCUGAGAGCCAACACGCGACGCGGACUGGUGCUGAAUCCGGACUCGCAGUCGCUGCUUGCCACGAGAGCGUGGCCGCGAAUUCUGCAUAGCUAUCAGGACUAUGUCUUCGGUGGUCCCAACAUCAAGAGCCCAGGCAGCUGGAGCUGGCGCCGGCUGUUUGGCAGCUACAUGAAGAAGAGGAAAUCCAAGAUCUAGCAGUCAGAGGAGUCGGGUCGGG